ACUUUAAAUUUCUUGAAUCUUAUCGUAAUUUUGUACAUUUUAGUGUUUAAUUUGCGCCGAUAAAACUCCAGCGGUUCUGAAUAGACCCAGAUUGUCGGCUCUACGAAGUCCAUGGCAAAUGUGUUGUGUAUAUACUGACCAGAGACACCUAUUCCAUCGUAUAAACUUGUAUAUAGGCUGUGCCGUCAAUCUCACGUAAACACAGUGGACGCUCCAACGGUAGUCUCCAUAAUCACAAAAUGGACUCUUCCGAAGCUGUUUGUGGCCUUAUUAGCUAUUACAGGCACAAAAUUGAGGAUUGUGAAGCGUUACUAUCCCAAAAGUUGGCAACUCGCAGUCGUCUAGAGGCUCAGCGCAACGAACUUAACACACGUGUUCGUGAGCUUAAAGAUGAGCUUCAGUGUCUUCUGGACUCUGGAAGCUUUGUAGGAGAGGUGGUAAAGGUAAUGUGCGAGGAUAAAGUGCUGGUGAAGAUUAGCCUCGAAGGAAAGUACGUGGUCGACGUCGCCUCUGAUAUAGACAUCACAAAAUGUACUCCAAACACACGUGUUGCACUAAUGACAGAUUCCUACAAACUACACAAGAUACUUCCCACUAAAGUUGAUCCUUUGGUUGCCUUGAUGAAGGUAGAGAAAGUGCCAGACUCUACAUACGAUAUGGUUGGUGGGUUGGACGAGCAAGUAAAGCAAGUUAAGGAAGUCAUUGAGCUUCCAAUCAAGCAUCCAGAGAUAUUUGAAUCGCUUGGUAUAUCCCAGCCGAAGGGUGUUCUGUUGUAUGGACCACCUGGAACAGGAAAAACAUUGCUCGCUAGGGCAGUUGCGCAUCACACAGACUGUACAUUUAUAAGAGUCUCUGGAUCAGAACUCGUACAAAAGUACAUUGGAGAAGGUUCACGUAUGGUGCGUGAAUUAUUCGUUAUGGCUCGUUCUCAUGCUCCUUCCAUUAUUUUUAUGGAUGAAAUUGAUUCUAUUGGAUCGCAAAGAAGUGAUUCAUCACAUGGUGAUUCAGAAGUUCAACGUACUAUGCUUGAACUUUUGAACCAGCUUGAUGGUUUUGAACCCUAUCAAAAUAUAAAGGUUAUCAUGUGUACAAAUAGGAUUGACAUUUUGGAUGAUGCGUUGCUACGUCCUGGAAGAAUUGAUCGUAAGAUUGAGUUUCCUAAUCCAAACGCCACUGCUAGGGCUGAAAUUUUGAGGAUUCACAGUAGGAAGAUGAACCUUGUAAGAGAUAUUGAUUUAGAUGUUAUAGCCGCUGAGAUGCCCGGCGUUUCUGGAGCCGAGAUCAAGGCAGUGUGCACUGAGGCUGGUAUGUUUGCAUUGAGGGAGAGGAGAGUUCAUGUUACUCAAGAAGACUUUCAAAUGGCAGUUGCCAAAGUAAUGAAGCGUGAUGCUGAUAAGAAUGUUAGCUUUACAAAGCUCUGGAAGUAG